UUUAGACCCAAAAUGAGUCAAACAAUUAAUUAAAAGAAAGAAACAUGGCUAAAGUUGCUAUGGUGAGUGCAGGAGGAAGCGAACCCUUUGAAGUUGACAUUGAGAUCAUCACAAUGUCUGUCCUUGUUAAGUCAAUGAUUGAUGAUAGUGGAACUGAAGAAGUGAUUCCUCUUCCUGACGUGGAGAAAUCUGUUUUUGAGAAAGUUCUUGAAUUUUGUCUGCACUAUAAAGAAGAACCCCUCCAAGAAAUUGAAAAGCCGUUGAAAACCAAUAACAUCAAGGACGUAGUUUCUCAAUGGUAUGGAGAGUUUGUGAGCGUUGAAAUUGAGCAACUGUAUGAGAUCAUUCUUGCAGCAAACUAUCUUGACAUUAAGCCACUCCUCGAAGUUUCUUGUGCAGCAGUUGCUGCAAUGAUGAAAGGAAAAAGCAUUGAAGAAGUCAGAGAACUAUUCAACAUCGAGAACGAUUUCACUAAAGAGGAGGAAGAGCAGAUUCUUGAGGAAAAUAAAUGGGCUGAAGAAGUUAUCUAAUUCGAUAAUUGGAAAAUGCUUUACUAAUUUA